GGGGCGGGGCCAGCCGGGUCACGUGGGGGCGGCCGCCGAGCGGCGCGUGCGGCGGCGGGACGGGACAGCAGCGGCUCUGCCCCACAUGAAGUUGGUCUUGGGGGCGCUGGCACUGGUGACGCUGACGGUGACCCUGCAGGGGCUGGGCCGGCGCCUGCUCUCCAUGGCCUCCACCCCCCGGGACCCCCCCGGGGACCCCCCCGGUGACCCCUACGCCCCCGGCACCGUCUCGGCCGCCUUCGUCACCUGCCCCAAUGAGACCGUGGCCAAGGAGCUGGCCAGGGCCAUGGUGGAGCAGAAGCUGGCGGCUUGUGUGAACGUCGUGCCCCACAUCACCUCCAUUUACUCCUGGAAGGGGAAGCUGGAGGAGGACAACGAGGUCCUGCUGAUGAUCAAGACCCGGAGCUCCCGCAUCCCAGCAUUGACCCAGUUCAUCCGGUCAAUGCAUCCCUAUGAGGUGGCCGAGGUGGUGGCCGUGCCCGUGGCCCAAGGGAACCCCCCCUACCUGCAAUGGGUGCAGGAGAGCGUCCCCCCAUAACCCCCCCCCCCCGUAUUGGGAGUGGAC